AAUGCAAAUCAGGAAACACAGAAAACAGAGCGACCAACAAGAGUUCAAUGUAGAAAUACCCGCUCAGUUGCUUCCGGCUAAAGUCACCUAUCUAGCAGCCAAGCAAAAGAAGAAAACAGGCAAAUGGUCUGAUAGAGAGCAUGCCAGGUUUGUUAACUACCUUAAAAUCUACGGAAAGAAUUGGGAAAAACUUGAAGGAUUGAUUCCUACUAGAAACAGCCUCCAGAUUAAGUCGCACUGCCAAAAAUACUUGAAUGAUAUCAAGAAAGAAUUCAAUACUGAAGAUCCCAUGGAUUAUUUCGUCAAGCACAAUUGAAACGAGCCUUUGUUCAAUGAUUCUGAUAAGUCUUCAGAGAAAUUUAGAAAAGAGAUUCCGAACUUAACUGACUGAGGUAUUGUCAAGAAAGUGUCUACAUGCAUUCCUAACUUGAUCCGCAUGGCAAAGCCCAUUGAAAGAUCCCAAAUACAAGAAUUUCAGAUGAAAAAUAAGAAAAGAUACCAUAAAUAUCAAAGAAAGUGUCUAAAAGAUUCAAGUAGCUCCGAAUCUAUUACGCCAGACUCUAAUAAAAGUGCAAAAAGUCCAAACUAUUAUUGUGUGAGUUUGGCUACAAUAAAGGAGAAAGCUCAGAUAUCGUCGAAGCCUCUCACAAGGACUGAUGAAAAUGCUGAUAAGGUUCACCUUAUCAAAAGAGCUUUUGAGCUAAAUCAUCGGAAUUCUCCCAAUAAUUUAUCUGCCAUAAAACCCCACCAAGUCCAUGAAUUAGAUGUGAGCCAGCAUAACUUUGCCACGAAGAAUGAUAAAAUAGAAAUUAAGAGUCCUUGUUUUAUAUCUGUGGACCAAGAUGACAUCAGACACAUAAUUCCUUUGGAUCUAGACAACCCUGUGCGUGUGCCAUUUUAUCAGGAACAAUCUAUCAACCUCAACCAAAAUAACAAUUUAAGACAAUUCUCUGGUACAACAGUCAAUUCCCCAAUAUCACAGUGCUACCCAUUCCAUAACAACCAAACUCCACUAAAUCUCAACACCAAAAUGACCGAACAACGAAUCAACAUUGGCUGCUUAACCACAAACAUCUCUCAACCCCACAACCUCAUUCUUCCUCCCAAAAAAUCCCCUCUCUCUUCCCCACCUCUCACAGCACUAAAAUACUGAACCUGACCCAAUUCCCCACUUAAAAAUCUCAACUAA